GAGUUUGAAAUCUCCACACAAAUUAAAACCACACCAUAACCAUAAGUAGUGGAAAUUUGAAUCACAAAAACCUCAAAUAAAAUCGCCAUGAAGAAGUCUUCUCCAUCAAUCCAUCUUUCUCUAAUUGCUUUCAUUGUUAUAUGUUCAUCAUUUUCAUUAUUCAAUGCAGCUUCUUCUGACAAACAUGAAGAGUUUCUUCAAUGUCUACUUCAUCACUCUCCACAUAGUUCAUCUAUUGCCAAACUUAUUUACACUCAAAACAACUCUUCCUAUUCCUCAGUCCUAAACUUGUCCAUUAGAAACCACAGAUUCUCAACUCCCAACACCCCAAAACCAAUCCUCAUCAUAACCCCAUCAAAUAUUUCCCACAUUCAAGCAGCUGUCAUUUGCUCCAAGUCUCAAGGCCUUCAAAUCCGAAUCCGAAGCGGUGGUCACGACUUCGAGGGUCUUUCUUACGUUGCCUACCUCCCAUUCAUCGUUGUUGAUCUUAUUAAUCUAAGGUCUAUCACGGUCGACGUCAAAAGAAGAACCGCAUGGGUUCAGUCAGCGGCUACUCUAGGAGAACUUUACUACAGAAUUGCUGAAAAAAGUCCAACCUUGACCUUUCCGGGAGGGGCUUGUCCGACUGUUUGUUUUGGUGGGUACCUUAGUGGUGGGGGAUAUGGCCUGUUACUGAGGAAAUAUGGUUUGGCAGCCGAUAAUGUAAUAGACGCUUAUUUGGUUGAUGCAAAUGGGGAGUUUCAUGAUAGGGAAUCGAUGGGAGAGGAUUUGUUUUGGGCAAUUAGAGGCGGCGGAGGAGGGAGCUUUGGAAUUGUGGUGGCGUGGAAGGUCAAGCUGGUUCCGGUUCCGGCGACGGUGACGUUUUGCUCAAGUAGCAGAACUUUCGAAGAAGAUGCAAUCAAUCUAAUCCAUCAGUGGCAAUAUGUGGGUUACAAAUUGGAAAAAAAUAUAGCACAUGGAGUCCUUACCAUUGGUGGACAGAUGACAAGUGAAGUAGAUGGGAAAGUAAAGCCAGUAGCUAUAUUCUACACUUCAUUUCUUGGGAAGGCAAAUAAGGCAGUGAAAAUCCUAAAAGAAAAAUUUCCUCAAUUGGGUUUAAAAAAGGAAGAGUGCAAAGAAGCAAGUUGGGUUGAAUCAGUUGUUAUUGCUGCCAAUGAUUUUACGGUUGGAGAGCCCGUUGAAGCCUUGCUCAAUAGAUCAGCAUUGAUUCCACCUAUCACUAGCAAAAAAGUAAAAAUAAAAUCUGAUUAUGUAAAGGAACCCAUGCCCAAAGUUGCAAUUGAAGGCAUAUGGAAUAGAGUAAAUAACUCUCAAGACAUAGGAGGAAUAAACGUUCUAUUUGUUCCUUAUGGAGGGAGAAUGAGUGAGAUUUCUGAGUCCGAAAUUUCUUUCUCACAUAGAGCUGGAAACUUGUUCAAAAUUGCAUACCUUACUGGAUGGGAAGACCCAAGUAUGGAUGUAGAGACAAGACAUCUAAAUUGGAUACGAGAAAUUUACAGUUACAUGGCUCCUUUUGUUUCCAAAUCACCUAGAAGUGCAUACGUCAAUUACAGAGAUCUUGAUAUUGGAUCCAACUCUGACAAGUACGGAAACAUCGUCACAAACCAUGACCAAGCUAGCAGUUGGGGUUUGAAAUACUAUGGUAACAAUUUUAAUAGGUUGGUACAAAUUAAAACCAAGGUGGAUCCCUAUAAUUUCUUUAGGCAUGAGCAAAGCAUUCCAAUCGCUCUUUCUCAAGAAGAUAAUUUAGUAAAAUUAGUUUAGUAGUUUGAUAUUUCGUUUAUGUGAUUGUAACUGAAUUAUGCCCCAACCUAUUAUUAUAGUGUGUGCAGAAUAAGGGGUCGCUUGUGUCCUUUAUGCAUCAAAAUAUCUUUUUUUUUCUUUUUUCAUGGGUUAAGUUAACCCUAUAAUCAAUCAGAUUUGAGAAAUAAUUCUAAAUGUU